UUUAUUUUUCUAUUUGUCUGUUUUCUGAUAAUUCAUAUGUUGCGUGAUAUAACAAUUGUUAGCUUUGCACAUCGAACCAUCGAACAGCUGUCAGCUGUGGUGGAAUCACCUUGGCCAUCAGCAAUUAACAUCACGGUCUCAGAAAAAAUGGCAAAUGCAAUAAUGUAAUGUACGUGACGAUUAUUAUUAUUUGCUCUACUAACACUAGUAACAUUUAUCACGAGCAUCACACCAUUUGUCAGAUAUCAUUAAUCGUUGUAUGUCAACAACGGAAUUUUUUCUAUAAAAUACCCAGAGAUAUCAAAAAUGCUUUUUUCGAAUGCAGUCUGGUUUUGUGUUUAAUAUCACAAUACGUUCACAAUGACGUUCUUUAUUCUCAGUUUUAUAUCUUUAUUGGCGUUUACAUUUGCCCAUAAAGAUCCGCAUUAUGUAAACGGUAGAACUGUUAUGGUUCAUUUAUUCGAAUGGAAAUUCGUCGACAUUGCGAAAGAAUGCGAGGAUUUUCUUGGUCCGAUGGGCUAUGGCGGUGUUCAAGUUUCUCCCGUCAAUGAGAAUCUCGUAAUAGAGAACAGACCAUGGUACGAAAGAUAUCAACCAAUCUCUUACAAGAUUAUCACUCGAUCUGGGAAUGGAGCCGAAUUUAAGGAUAUGGUAAGGAGAUGUAACAAAGUUGGUGUGCGGAUAUAUGUUGAUGCCAUCAUCAAUCAUAUGUCAGGAAACGCGCAACCCGCGUACGGCACCGGUGGUACGUCAGCAAAACCACAGAAGUUGAGUUAUCCGGGAGUACCAUACACUUCCAAGGACUUUAACCAUCCGAUAUGCACCAUCCAGAAUUAUAACAAUGCUACAGAGGUCCGUAACUGCGAGUUGUCCGGCCUUCACGAUCUUGACCAGAGCAAACUGCGCGUCCGUAGAAAAAUAAUUAAUUAUUUUAACAAGCUCAUCGAUUAUGGAGUCGCUGGCUUUCGUAUUGACGCUGCCAAACACAUGUGGCCGCAUGAUCUUGAGGCCAUUUACAAAAAGAUAAAGAGGCUGUCUCCUAAAAAUGGAUUUCCUAAGAAUGCAGAGAGUUAUAUCUAUCAGGAAGUCAUCGAUCUCGGUGGUGAGGCUGUUUCCAAAUUCGAAUAUAAUAAGAAAGCAAGUGUCAUUGAGUUUCUGCCUGGCAUCAUUUUGGGUGAAAUGUUCCGGAAGAAGGACAAUUUGGCAAGGCUGCAAGCUUUUGGUAAUGGAAGCGUUUGGAGAUUAAUACCUUCCGAGGACGCAUUAACUAUGGUUGACAAUCAUGAUAACCAAAGAGGUCACGGUGCUGGUGGGGUUUCCAUUUUGACACAUAAGGACCCAAGACCAUACAAGAUGGCUGUAACAUUUAUGCUUGCUCAUCCUUACGGUAAUGCUCGCGUCAUGAGCUCCUUCAAGUUUACUCAUCCCAGUCAAGGGCCGCCGGCGAAUUCAGAUGGCAGUAUCAUUUCGCCCGAAAUCGUCGACGGUCAAUGCGUCAACGGUUGGGUCUGCGAACAUAGAUGGCCGCAAAUCUACCGCAUGGUCCAAUUUCGCAAUUUAGUAAACGGCGAAGAUAUAAAAAAUUGGUGGAGCAAUGGAAAGAAUCAGAUUGCCUUCUCUCGCGGCAAUAAAGGUUUCGUCGCCUUUAACGUAGAGGGAUUUGAUUUACACGAACAGUUGCAAACCGGAUUGCCCGCAGGGACAUAUUGCGAUAUUAUAACUGGAGAUGUUAUCAACGGCGAGUGUAGCGGAAAGUCAGUGGUAGUUGACAAUGCUGGUAAUGCUGAUAUUAAUAUUACAACAAACGACUUGGAAGGUGUGCUCGCUCUUCAUAUUCAGGCAAAACUAUAAGGAACACAAAUACAGGACAACCAAUGUGAACGCAACAUAUUCAGAUAUAUAUUAUAUUAGUGUAUAGAUUAUAGUAGUCAUAAGUACUAAUAUAAUUAUAAAUUUAAAAAGCAUAUAAUAUUAUACAUUGCACGUAUUCAUGUUAUAAUAAUAUGUAUGUAUGAUUGUACUUUAUCACAUAUAUAUAAAUAUAUGACACGUUUG